AUGUGGCUCCACCGGCAUAAUCGGCAGCCCUUCAGAAACGCCAGCUCUGGCGACGAAGAUACAAAUACUCCCUCAGCGGAGCCAGGAGAGGGAAAGUCUCAGGAAUACUUCCCGAGCCUAUGGGAUGUUCUCAGGGUACGGUUUUUGCUGCAAUGGAAGGUCACCGAAGGUCUCCCUGCAGAGCUGGUGGAUGCGAUUGUCGAUGCGGCCGAAUACUGGCCCUCAUCAGUGACCAGCAUGAAAGAGCCAACGAACAGAAUCAUCUACCAGGAUCGAGACCAGGUUUUGCUCAAGACAGUGCCUCUGUGCUACGAUAGAAAGAGCCUCGAACGAUCACCAACCACCUCACGCCCACUUCCACAUCGCACUGCACACCCCUGUCGCAAAAUUGUCUUUCACCUCUCCUCCCAUGACCAAGGCCGCGGACCACGGCGAGAGAAUAUGUACGAGAGCUCGUGGACCUGGUUCGAUACGGAAGUCGUACCAAAGGCCCAUGAACGAAAUAUGUACGCCAACGGGGAAGAGCAGGAUCUCCUAGAAAACGAGCAUGGCCAGACUUCCAGGCACUUCAAUCCGGACGAUCGACUCCUUCUUCCCCGAGACAACAAGUUGCAGGUGAACGGCAGUCGCGUGUCUGAGGUGCAGAACGUGGAAAUCAUUUGGCAUUACCUCGAUAAGAUUUCGCCGGACUCGCCAUUGGCCUAUGAUAUUGAGCGCACCCAGGGUCGAGGCCGCUCCACACUGGAUGGCCGGGCUGUGCGCGAGCUUGAAAUUGGAGAUUCGAUCGCUCUUUGGGCCCGAGCAAGAUUCCCUCAGUGGUCAAAUCAUGUUAGCAGCGCGCAGAUUCGAGUCUGUUGGGCUGUUUGA